GGCAAUGUGAGACUACUGUUUUAGUAACUUUACAAGGACUGUGCAAGACAUUAAUAGGACAAAGGAAACAAAACAAGGGUAAAGAAUAAUAAUGGAGAGAUUGGAUAGAGAGACAGUGGGAGAAGCAGGGUUACAGAGAAAGUGAUGAAGAUGAUGGUGGGAUGUGCAGAGUGAGGGAGGAGGGGCAUCAGCGUCAAACAGGGACUGAGAAAGAGGAGGGGACGAAGAGAAUGUGAGAGAGAUAAUUCAGUUACAUGACUCAGGUUUGUUCAGAAAGCUGCCAGAGCUGCAGCUAUCUGCAGAUCUCUGCAGAUGGAGGUUGAGGAAGUAGCCCGGCUCUGCUUUCCACAGUUCCCAAACACCUCCUGCAGGAAGCCCUUGUCUCCUUGGCCCGAGACAGUUACCAUUGUGCUGUACUCCAUGUCUCUGAUUACUGUGGCUCUCAACCUGCUCAUCAUCAUCUCAAUCUCCCACUUCAGGCAGCUCCACACAUCCACCAACAUCCUCCUCCUCUCUCUGGCUGUCUCAGACCUUCUAGUGGGCCUCGUGCUGAUGCCUGUAGAAGUUCUCAGAAAAACAUCCUGCUGGUUUCUUGGUGACUUUGUGUGUGCUACGUAUACUAUUGUUGGAACCCUCAUUACCUCAGCCUCAAUAGGUACCAUAGUGCUCAUAUCAGUUGACCGUUAUGUGGCUAUUUGUGACCCUCUGCAUUACACCACUAAAGUCACCGGGAGGAGAGUUCAAUUCUGUGUUUAUCUGUGUUGGCUCUGUUCUUUUUCCUACAGCUUAUUAUUUUUAAAAGAUCUCCCGACUCAACCAGGGAGGUAUAAAUCUUGCUACGGAGCAUGUGUGUUUUAUGUUGACAAUAACUUAGGGACUGUUGAGCUUGUAUUGACCUUUUUUCUUCCAGUUAUUGUCAUCGUAGCUCUAUAUCUGAGAAUAUUUGCUGUGGCUGUGUCUCAGGCUCGUGCCAUGCGCUCUCACAUUACAGCUGUCACACUCCAGCUUUCAGUGUCUCCAAAGGUAAAGAAAUCAGAGCUGAAAGCAGCCAGGAAUCUUGGUGUUCUUGUACUUGUGUUUCUAAUGUGUUUCGCCCCAUAUUACGGUGUCAUUAUUGCAGAUCCCCAGUUGAUAAUUGAAUCAUUUGCAUCCUUUGCAGUCCAUCUGUAUUAUUCUAACUCUUGUCUAAACCCUGUGAUCUAUGCCUUGUUUUACCCCUGGUUUAGAAAAUCAGUUAAACUCAUUGUUACUCUUCAGAUACUGCAGCCUGGCUCCUCUGAGACCAACAUGCUGUAG